AGAGAACGACAGGCGAGCGCGCUUUUCUGACUGUGAGUGGCGCGGACUUUCUUGACAGGUGGAACAGCUCAUCCAAAAAAAAGGGAAGAAGAAUCAACUUUGUAGCGGUUGUCUGCGCCGGAGAAAACGCAAAGAUGCCCAAGUGUCCCAAGUGUCAGAAAGACGUCUACUUUGCCGAGAGAGUUACAUCCUUGGGCAAAGACUGGCACAGACCCUGCCUGAAGUGCGAAAAGUGUGGCAAAACCUUAUCAGCAGGCUCCCAUGCGGAGCAUGAUGGGAAGCCCUACUGUAUUAAGCCAUGCUACUCCGCACUCUUCGGACCCAAAGGGUUUGGCCGCGGCGGCACUGAGAGCCACACCUUCAAGUAGAGCUGCACUCAGGUUUUGUGUGGCGUGGCAGGUGUUUCAGGCCACUUUGUUCCUCACCUGAUUACCUACGAAGAAAAUUGAAAUGGAGUCCCGCGUAAAAGAGACCCAUGACUUGUUCACCAGUAAUCUGAAAUGUUUGCAUUAAAGGUUCUUUUUAUAUAAAAA